AUGCGCGGGGCCGUCCCCAGGCUCAGCCUGACGCUGCUGGCGGCGGAGAGCGGCGCCCGGCUCUGUGCCAUCAUCCACUACCUUGUCCGGGGGCAGCUGGGCUGGUUCGGGCUGACCAUGGCCUGCCUGGUGCCCGGCUACGCCGCUCAGCUCCUCAGCAUCCUCUGGUUCCGGGCAGACGGACACGCACCCGGCUGCUGCCUCCUGGCGCUCCACCUCCUGCAGCUCGGCCUCUGGAAGAGGUACUGGGAUGUCCUGCGGGCGGCGGCCAAGGCGGGCGGCGGUGCCGGGGAGCUGCUGGCUCAGCUCGGGGAUGUUUGUGUGCUGCGGCUCCUGGAGGCCCUGCUGCAGACCCUGCCUCACCUCCUGCUCCAGACCUAUGUCGUGGUGGCCGUGGACCCAGCAGGCUUCAUCCCUGGUGUCAGUGCAGGGCUGUCCCUGCUGUCCCUGGCCUGGGCUUUGGUCUCCUACAGCCACUUCACCUUCCUGCUGAAGCCUGGACACCUGAGCCCACCAGCUGCUGUCAUCCUGUGCCUGCUGCUCUGGAGGACAGGGAUGCUGGGGACCCGGGUGCUGGCCCUGGUGCUCUUUGCCAGGCUCUAUUCCUUCUGGGUUUUUGCUGUGGCAGGGGUGCACUGGCUGCUCAUGUCCUUCUGGCUGGGGGCCCAGCAGACAGAUAUCGUGGCCCAGCCGUGCCGCUGGAGGCUCUUCAACUGCCUGCUGGGAGCUGUCUACAUCUUCUGCUACAUCAACGUCCGGCCCGGCCCCUCCAGGACCAGGGUGGUCGUGUUUUAUGCAAUUAUGCUGAUGGAGAACACGCUCCUGCUGCUGUUGGGCACCCGGUUCCUGCAGGUAGAGCUGAGGAACAGCCUGACUGUGACUGGGGCUGUCAUGUCAGGGUCUUUAAUAGGUGCCACAGCUCUGGUGAUUUACUAUAGCCUGCUCCACCCCAAGUCCACAGAGAUCUGGCAGGGAUUCCUGGAGACAAUGUGCAGUUCUGCAGCAGCUGGGGAUGAGGAGGGGUCUGGAGAGAGCUCCCAAGCUGGGCAGAGUUCAGGGACUUUGGGAGAUGAGGAGUCCUUGCCAGUGGAAGGGACCAAGACAGAGCCCAAAAAGGAGACCAGCUCAUCACUGCUGCAGUCCAAAGGGGGUUUGGAGGACAGCUGGACAGACCAUCACCACUGGCUGCUGGUGAAGCUGGCCUUGAAGACAGGAGAUCUGUCCGUGAUCAACGCGGCUUUUGGAGAUGGCGGCGUGGGAGAGGCUUUUCCUGGAGGAUGGAUGAUGGGGAAACCCCCUGGUGCUGAGCCUGGGGCAAACCUUUCCCUCCCCAUGAGGGACAUCCAUCCCUCUGGACUGGCAGUGGGGAAUGGAGGAGGCAUCAAAGCCAGUGCUGGUGCCCUGGGAAUGGCACAGGAGGAUGGAGCAGGGCAGGAGCCUGAUUUUCCCCCAUCCACGUCCCACCCCAAUGGCUUCUCCCCAGAUUCCACCGAGAGCUCCUCUGUGUAUUUCAGUGCAAGUGCAGGAGGCAUCACCUCCCCUGGGACAGGGACAGCCAUAAGCAUGGCCCUGGUGCAACGGGACAGCAAAGCUCAGCCUCCCCCAGGCUGCCUGGGAGAAGGAGGAGGAGGAAGAGGAGGGAAUCUAUCCCUUGGGAUGCCCAGCAUCAGCCCAAUCCUGGGCGCUUGUGCCCACAAGUGUCUGCAGAGAAGCUCUUCCUUUGGCAACACGGGCAGCUGUGGGGUGACAGGUCUCCCCAAAGAGGGCUCAGAGCCCACAGGGACAGAGGCUGCCCUCGUGGGGUGCCAUCACCUUUGGGACACCCACCCUUGUGGCCUGCAGGGGACUGUGGUGAGGAGCAAGCUGAGGUCACCGUGCUUCACCUCCACCCCCAAGGCCGGCCCUAAAUGCUCCCAGCGAGGACUGGGGGAGCUGGGAGAGGGGACAGACCUGUCUGGGUGA